CGCUUAUCGGCGAACGUUCUUUGCAUCUGCUUGAAAUUAUAUCUGUUUAGGGUAUGGCCAGCACAGCCAGAGCAGCGCGCCUGUAUGUAGGCAACUUGCCCUGGACAGUAGGACAUCGUCAGUUGAGAGAAUACUUCGCUCAGUUUGGUCCAGUGCAGAGUGCUAGAGUAGUGUUUGACCGCUCCACUGGCCUUAGUAAAGGUUAUGGUUUUAUUGAGUUUGCAAGUUCUUCUGCCGCAGCAGAUGCUACCAACAAGCAGAUACACACCCUUGAAGGUUUAAAUUUAACCGUACAAGUCCAAAACAAUUAAAUACUAAGUAGAUAGUAUGGC